CGCCGGCGAGGCAGGAGUCAGCCCGCGCAGCAGUGAGCUAGGGGGAACCCGACGUUCAGCGUGCAGUCAAACCGAAACGGACAACAGGGCUCAGAUAGGCAGCCACGAUGUCCACGUCGGGCUUCGAGAAGAUCUCCACCAGCGACUAUGGAGAGUUCAGCCGGUGGAGUCGCCCCCUGUACCCGCGCUCGGACCCUCGCACCCGCGACUGGUUCCUGCUGGGCAACCCCUUUUUUAUCACUCUGGUCGUGGGAGCGUACUUGUACAUCGUGUACCGUGCGGGACCCCGGUUCAUGGCCAGCCGGAAGCCGUACGACCUGCGCGGCGUCAUCAAGGUCUACAAUUUGGCCAUGAUCGUGCUCAACAUUGUGUUCGGCUACCACUUCCUGAAGAACUCCUACUUGGGCGGCGACUAUAGCCUAUUCUGCCAGGGCAUGACGUACGCGACGGACCAGAAAUCCUUGAACAUUCUUUGGUGGGGAUACUUCUACUUCUUUGUGCGCAUCGCCGACUUCUUGGACACCUUCUUCUUCGUGCUCCGCAAGAAGUACAACCAGAUCACGCUGCAACACACGCUGCACCACACGCUCAUCGUGGCUAACGGCUGGCUCUGGUACACGCUGGGGGGCGAUGGUCAGUCGCUAUUAGGAGCCGUCAUCAACAGCUCCAUUCACACCAUCAUGUAUGGCUACUACUUCCUGGCAGCCUGUGGCCCCGAGUACCGCAAGUACCUGUGGUGGAAGAAGUACCUCACGCGUGCACAGAUUGCCCAGCAUCUCGUAAUCAUCAUGCACGGACUCAUCCCGCUGUUCUACGACUGCGGGUACCCGCGGUUCUUCAUAUAUCUGGGUCUUCCGCAGGGUUUGCUUGGACUUGCGCUGUUCCUAAAAUUUUACGUGGCUGCGUACAGGAGGAAGUCGGCCAUGGAAGCUGCCGCGGUGAAGGAACUGGCCAUGCUCAAAGAAGACUAAGCUCGAACUAUCGCGACAUGCCUCCCAGGAAGCGCAGCCCCGGUGGUUUCGACGAACCGCCGUGUGCUCUACGCAUGUCACCGCAUUGAAAUUGCAAAUGGCCUCCUAGCAGCUGAACAAGCAAGCCGUCGCUCCAGCAAAGUUAUUCCUCGGUAAAUGAUGUCUCGAAGUAAAUCUCAGGAAAGCAACUUUAUGAACAGUUAUUGUGAAACAGCAGCAUGCACUUGGCUGACCAGCUUACUAAAGUCGCGCCUUUCGUUUUUCUGAGAACACCGGGAUACUACAAGGUCACCUAUGCCAGGCUUACUCCUUUCAGCGGCGCAGCCAACUUCAUGGAGCCCGCGUGUGUGCGUCUGUGUGUGUGCGUGUUGAUGAGUACCUUCGCUGUUUGCAAAAAAAAGUUCAGCGUGUUUCCUUGAAGCAGGUACUUUUCAACUUACCCGUACAAAUAACUGUAUAUAACUAAGGUUGACACGUCGAGCCCUGCAAUAGUUUUAAGAAAGACGUCAUCGGAGAAAGCUGUGAGCGCUGAAUGCCGGCACGUCGAAGUUCUUGUUCCUCACUGGAGAAGAGCGUAAGGAAAUUGAAAACACUAGUUCCCCGUGUGUUUAUACUUGGCGUCCAAAAUGCCCCCCCCCCCCCCCCUUGAAGUGAGUCUUCGCGAAGCAUUUGAAGACAUCUCAUGGUGCAUGUCAGGAAGCUACCAGUUACAGGCCUGAAUGGAAUCCCGCAAAAGAGAAUGUUUUUUUGCGUGGUCGAAGUUGGAGAUGCAUGGUGCCGCAGUACGCGAUAAACGGGGCCACAUCUUCUGCUCUACGGAAACACCGGGAAAACGUCAGCACACACUCGUUGAAGCUGUAGUCCAGCCGUGCAGCUAUGUUACAAAUUCAACGCUAGAGAAUCUUCUACCCUUGAGGGCUGCCAAUGAAUUCCUUGAGGGUGGACUUUUGCGAUGCCGAUACAACUAAGUGAGGGCUUUUCGAAGUCCAAGCGGAGCUUGUCGUUCUACUCGUUGCGGUGUCGACUCUGAAAACGGGAGCACAGUGAUGGACUAAAUCGUGGAAAUGGCCAACAACGUACCAGGGCGUCCUUCAGGUGCGUGGAGGAGGCGACCAUGCUCACCGUGCCCUUAUCUUCACCUUCUUCGGCAUUGUUUUCUUGUGCUUCGAAAAAGAAAGCUGCAAACAAACCAGGAACACGCGACGACGAGAAGCUCCACAGCACAAAGCCUCUCGGAACCCGAAUGCAGCAGCGUCUUCGAAGUGGCGGACGCCCGUACGGGUCACGGAGGUUCCGUGGCCGGCCCGCGCCGCACUGCCUAAUUGCAAAUGCGCGCCUCGCUGUUCGCUUCUAAAAGAAGAAUGCGCGGACGAGCCAAGCGUGGCGAGGCGGCGCACCGUUCACGGAAUCGUGCAGGUGCGUGCCUGGCGCCUCGCCGGAGGCACUACACAUUACGAGUGCGCGCUCCGUUCGCGUUUCCCCCCCCCCCUUUCCUCGACUCUGCUCUAACGGUCAUUCGUUUCGGCGGUCGGGAACGCGCCAUAGCGACCCGCGGAUGUUGCGGCGUCUUUGCUUCCGCGCGGAACAUCAAGGCCACGCUGCGCCGCCAGUGCUCCGUUUCCCUUUUUCUUCCUCUGCGCUUUUUGGCAAGAACCCUCCCCCUACGCCACCCCCAACCCCCCGUUGAGCAAUCUUUCGAUAGCAUGCCGAUUGGCUCUGCGAAUUUCCUUCUUAGGCUUAAGUCCUUAACAAACCCCUGUAGCCAUGUUGCGGAAACUAUAGAGUUCCGAUGGUCUCCCACAGAUUGAUCUUUUAGAGAAUUCAGGCAUAUACAAAAGGCAGGAUUUCAGCUUCUUGUGGAAGUUGAAAGUUAGCGCCCGUCCCUGUGAGUUUCACCCCUGUCUUUCUUGCGCUAUUCUCAAGCUUAGAUAAGGAAUUAAAUGGCGCAGCACCGCCUAUUAGCAAGCAUGUGUGGGUGAUGCCAAAAAAUUAAUCUUUACAUUUGUGCAAGCGACAAAACCUAUAUCACAGGAUAGCAGAUAAUGUCUCGACUAAGAUAAAGGACGCAUUACAUGAAACAUACCGCAGAUGCUCUGAGAGCAAGACAUUUACAAAUAAUCGUUUCCUCCAACGCAAGUUCGACUACCUCCGUAGAGGUCUCUCGCAACUGACAUGGCAACAAGCAAUGUGAGCAAACAAGUGGCAUGCACGGCUUGGUACUCCCUCUAAGUUCCUGACGCAUGGCUACCAGCUCCAUGUACCUGUGUAUAGGCUCGCGAGUGUGCCUAAACUUAUGCGAAAGAUUACGUUACUACCGAUAAUCACCUGAACCGCUAAUUCCCGGAGCGAGAUGGGAUUAUCUUAAAUCGAUUGCCGCUCCGAUCAUCGAAAAUGAUGUAGCGUAGACGUUUACAUAGCACACGACACGUGAGUUAGUGUACCCGUUAUUCUACGAGACAGGUCGCACUUGUCUAGAACACAAAGUUUAGGACCAAUGGCUCGUUUUCAGAGAAACGACCAGGCCAGGAGUAAGGCACCCGGAAAAGAUUAUCCUCCAUAUUUAUAGAGAAAAUUGUGAACGGUUCAGCAGUCGGCGUUCUCGUUUACGGCUUGUGCUGUGACGUCCAGAUGAGUUCCGUAAUCCUUUGAUCGAUAAUUCCAUGUAAUGUCUUCUCAUAGUUUGAUUAUUGAUUGAUCAUCUUUUCUUUUACUCUUAUUUUUUUUUUGUGAACAACCUCGCAAGGGGUCCGAGGAUUGUAUACCGAAUUAUGCGUUUGCGCAUGCCAUUCGAAAUGAAGCCACACGUUUUGAUGCUGGUGCACCUGGACGUAGUAGAAUUGUAUGAGGCUCUCAAAAAAAAAAAAAUAAGUUGACGUGCAGUGCUCUGACAACGGUCGUUGCAAACUGAGCACUUUCAGAAAGUUGUGUGUUUAUAAACAAGGAUUACUGCCGCAGUAUCAAAACGUUAGCGCCACGCCAAAUGUAGAAAAUUUUAGCAGUGAGUAAGGUUUGAACUAACUUUCUUUGGCGUGACACUUGCAGUAGAGUCGUAUACUAGCGAUGGUCGCGCUUCCGUUUAUGUGUCAAUUUUGGCUUAUCUCUAGCGAUCAGAAAACUAAAGAUGUGAAGUUCAUCACGCUGCAGUUGACUGGUGCGCCGUCUUUAAAAAGAGGCACGGACUGAGCAUCAACAUAUCCGAGGAGCGCGUGUCAACCUUACAGACGCCGACUGGGAUUACAUAGACAUUUCAGCAGUCAUUUUACAGCUGCUAGGCUAUUUGCACAACGCUAACGAACCAUGAGAACAAAUGCAUGGAGAGAUCACUAAGGGGCGAUUUCUUUCGUAAAAGAAAGAAACGUAAAACAAAUUCACAUUCACUGAUGAAUAAUAUAUUUCGCACUGUGAAAUUUGCGUUGAAAACCCUGCGGAUACCUAAGAAAAGCAAUGUAUGUCGAACCUAAAAUUUGCUGUUAGAAAAGGCUCGGCUGUAAAUUCCAGAAACCGAAUAAUCGUCUGGCUUUCAUGAACGAGCAAAAAAGAAAAGAAAGCGAUCGUAAUGACAUCUCAUCAGUUACUUGGAGGCUUUGGAGGGCACCCCAUCUUAUGUCCGCGGUGACUGUUACGUUUGUAUAUAUACUUCACGCUGCAUAACAACUUCUUUAUUAUGAUAAAAUAUACAAACAAUAAGAAAGUACUGCUCAUUGUAUGAAAAGGUGUUGGCUAGUCAUGCGAGUACAAUCGUAAAAUACUUAGAUUUAAUUUGUUCUUCUUUGCCUCGUCUUUUUCGGCCAUAUCUGAACUGUGUUCUGUGAUUCCCAGAAAAAAAAGUUGACCGCAAUAAAGCAUUGUUCUGUACUGUA